AUGCCGAGUCAAAAGUAUAUGGACGAGUUGCAGCACCGACAGAGCUAUCGUAACCUAUGGCACACCGAUCUGAUGCGCACAAUUCAAAACGAUCCUCCCUAUUGUUGCUUGGCGUUUUGGUGUGGACCCUGUGUAUCGUAUACGUUGCGCAAGCGAGCUAUUUACAAUGACAUGUCCAGGUAUGUCUGUUGUGCGGGUCAUAUGUCCUGCAGUGGGCAGUGUGGAGAAAGUCGUUGCCCCAAAUUUUGCCUUGCCACAGAGGGUUUCAUGUUCUGCCUCCAACAAGUUGCUUGCAUUUUUUCCAUUGUCGCAAUGAUUGUUGGAAGUGAAGAAAUUUCAGAGGCUUCUCAUUUACUGUCUCACUUAGCUGACAUGGUCUAUUGCACGGUUUGUGCUUGUAUGCAGACACAACAUAAGAUCGAAAUGGACAAACGGGAUGGUAAAUUUGGCCCACAACAAACGGUAGUGCCUCCAGCCCAGCAAAUGUCACGCCUUGAUCAGCCAUAUCCUCCACCUGCAUACGGGCAAUCUUAUUAUCCUCCACCUCCACAGGCUCAAGAAUAUCCCCCUCAAGCUUCGGGGUACCCUCCUGCUGGUUACCCUCAGAAGUGA